GAUUGUGAUGUUGCUGCUCCGAACAUUUUCGGAACCAGGCUGGUGCUCCAGAAUAGCAAAGCUAGAGAGAGGCUGUCUCACUCUCUCCCUCCAAACAGCGGUUAUGCGAGCCGCAAUAUGUGCCCCAAGGGAGGCCCAUAAGGGACAGCAGCAAUCCGCCUCGAUUCAUGGGUUAGAAAAGCCCUGAUUUAGCAUUAAAAAAGGCCGAAAAAUCGAUUCAGUCACGAUGAAAUGCACGAGCUGGUGGCACGUUAGUUUAAUACUAUUCUCAUAUUUUGGUGUCAGGUGUGCUGACUGUGAUAAAUUACAAAUUAACCAGACGAUGAAAUAUGAAACAACGACUGCUGUACCAGUAUUUAAUGCCUCAACGAGGAUACUUGACACUAACGGAACAACUCCGAGUACAUUGAUCUCCAGUGUGACACCUGUAACUGAAAAAUACACCACCUCGGCAAUAGCACCCACUGGUGCACCCUACACAACGAAAGAUAAUCAAUAUUCGAGUACUAACGCUGGUGGAUUGAGUACAACUCCGAUUCCACCGGGUCCAUCAGACACAAUCGUCGAGGGACAAUUUCACACACUUAGUUUUAUUGGUGGAUGUCUAUUUACUGUAUCUAUUAUCACCGUUGGAGUACUCAUAUGGAAGAUGUACGAAGCCAAAAUCGAACGUAGCUAUCUAACAAUCUAGCUGAAUUGUCACUAAUUAAUUGAUGAAUAAAAAAUAUUUUUCUACGUUUAUAAUAUUCCCUCGUCCAUUCGUUAUUUACUCUCUCAAUCCCCCCAUCGACACGAGGGACAAGGUGAAGGACAGAUAUUCAUAGAAUUGGUUCCAAUGAUUUUCUCAUAGUUUUAUCAUCAAUCGAAUUCACUACUUAUUCUAUCACUCGAAGAGAAAUCUAUACAUUAGGUAUUCUCCUCUCAAUUAGACUUCUCUGCACCCAUUGAUUUUUUAAAAUCGACAUAGAAGACAGAUUAUGGAAGAAAUCAUUCGCAAAU